UCCCCCCUUUUCGUGGCGCCUCCUGUUUAUCGUUCAGCUAAAAGAUGGCGUUAGCGGCUAGCUAAAGCGAUUAUUCUUCGUUUGAUUUAAUUAAUUAUGUCGGUGGGAAUAAUUACUCAUUGCAAAUACUUUAUUACUCUUGAGAUGGGACUUAAAAACAUAGAUUAUAGCACUUGUGUUCGCACAAUAACGCAUCGUGAUUGUUUGUUGGGCCUUCUCGCAUACAGAGGCCUGUUUUUUUAGGGAGUGGACGAGAGGUUGACAAACUUCAACUCCCAGCAACAUUGCUGAGAAGUUAGGUCAAAGGUCCCCCUGUCAUCAUCCAUGUCAUCACUUUCUGUCUGAAGUGACUUGUUAGUGAGGAUAAGCAGAAGAGCAGGUGGGUUGGAGACAAUUAGUGGCAUCAUGGCGUCAAAGCCAGUGCCAGGGAUCCAGAAACAUGGGACAUGGGCAGGCAACCCCAGAGAAGUGUCCUCAGCCUCCCCAGAGACCUCUCUGACCUGGUGCCUGUCACAGCUCUCUAAACCUGAGAGAGCAGCAGCUGAGGACCACAAACCAGGCACUGCAGGGCCGGACACCAGUGGACACAGACAGCUGGCCAAGAGGGUCAAAGCUGGGCAGUGGCGAGCACUGGUGGCCAUCCGCACACAGCACAUUAAAGGAGGAAGCAGUGGGAUAGCUCGAUUCCGAGGCCAGGGUGGACUGCGCACUCUCCUGGACCUGCUAAAGCACCCUGAGUGUUCCAGGAAGACUCUGGACCUGGCUCUCAGCAUCCUGGCUAACUGCUGCACUGAGAGACAGACACGAGUUGAGGUUAGGAGGCUUGAUGGAAUAUCUAUUGUGGUGUGUAUUUUGAAGAAGAAUGUAGCCAUGGAGACGAUCCAGAACAGAGCAGCCCGGGCCUUGGGGAACUUGGCCAUGGACCCAGAGAGUUCCACACUUAUCCACUCUGCCGGUGGUGUUCCACUCCUGCUCCUCUGCGUCUCUCUUGCAUCUGUCCCCAUCCCCUCCCUCUGA